AUGGCGAUUUCAGCAUCAGGAAGCCAGUUAGGCCUCCCAGUUUUGAUCGUUGAUGAUGUUGUUUUCCUCGCUUUAGCAAGCAUCGCUGUCUUUGCUAGAAUUUGGGCGAGAUAUAUUCCAAAAAGCAAAUUGUGCUUCAAUGACUACAUCAUAAGUUUAGCCUUGAUUACUCGGACUGAAUUUUACGCGGUUGUUCGCAGGAGAGCGGGAAACAAGAGUCAGUAUGGUAAGAGAAAACCUUUCUAUGCUAAGGCGGAAGCCACGACGAUGGUAUAUCCUGGCUUUCAUUGA